UGCGCCUCUUCCCUGCAGCCGCUGCAAGUCGCACCGAGCUAACCGCGGCUUUUGUGAGUAUGAUGCACCGUGGUGGACGCACCUGUGAGGAACGCUAAAGCCAGCCCGGCCGGUACCGCCUUGUGUUCCCCGCCAGCAGCGUAAACACUUGACUGCUUUUUAGCACCAUCCUGGAUUUUAAAAGCUACGGCUGUGUGGAGUUUACAGCUGGAUAUUAGCAGAUGGAUACUCUUGGCGUUGUGUUUAACUAAGUGAUGGAACUAAGAGAGGCCAGUGGAUCCCUUGUCAGCUCCAAUUCCCAGCGGACAACAUGAAGGAGGAAAUUCCUCUCGCCCUGACAGUCAGAGAAGUCCAUUCCAUAAGACCUUACACUAUGAGUCUUGAUAGCAUCUGUUCUGAAGUGUAAAAAAACAUAUAUAGGAAUAACCUCCUCCUAUCGGUCCUCUCUUUAACCCUACGGAGGAAAACGACAAUUCCUCCAUACGACCACUGCCCUGCAACCAAUGGACAGUUUACUGAUGUAAACAUACUGACCCUAAGACUGUUAACCUCGACUGUUCUCCUGCUUCUGCCCUUUUCCCUUUAAAAACAUAUUUUUCUAAGAAAUAUUUAUCAGAAUAUAUCUCUGCACAUACUGUGGAUAAAACUGUGGAUCACUGAAAUUCAGUCCGACCCAUCCUAAGAUUUUAACAUCCCUUUUUUGGAUUACAUUUUUUUUAUUUGCAGCUAUGGGUCUUGUAGGUUUUUCUAUCAGACUGCAAGUAUUCCUCAGCACGUGUCUGGGACUGGACUUUUUAGGCACACCAGGUCAGUGGGCACGCUACCUCCGCUGGGACGCCAGCACCCGUGGUGACCUCAGCUUCCAGUUCAAGACGGAGGCUUCGGAGGCGCUGCUGCUGUACUUUGAUGAUGGAGGCUACUGUGACUUUCUGCAGCUAUCGGUGGUGGAGGGCCGAGUGCAGCUGGGUUUCAGCAUCGACUGUGCUGAGACCACAGUCGUGUCUGACAGACGGGUGGACGAUGGCAGCUGGCACUCUGCCACUCUGAGCAGGUACAACCUGCGCACAGUUUUGGUACUGGAUGGCCAGGCCAAAGCAGAUGAGGUGCGACCUCAGCGUCUGUUCAUGAAAAUAGUCAGCGAUCUGUUCCUGGGUGGAGUGCCUCAGGAUAUCCGCAACGGUGCACUCACACUGCCUACAGUGCGAAACAUGCAGCCCUUCAGGGGCACAAUUACAGACCUCAAAUAUGGCAUCUCGCAGCCCCUGUUCCUGGGAAGCUUUAUGGUGCCCCUGGAGUCAGAAGGGUGGUGCACAGUGAACCCAUGUGAGAAUGGCGGUACAUGCUCAGUGGUGGAUGGACAGCCAGUCUGUGACUGCUCCAAAACCGAAUACAAGGGCCGCUUCUGCAGUGAAGAGGUCAACAACAAUAUGCCAGGCCUUGCACAUAUGAUGGCAGAACAAGCUAAAAGCAAAGGUACAGCUUUUUCGAAAUCUUUACUUUUCCGCCUCUAUGAAAAGCGCCGCUUGCUCUCGAGGGAAGAGAAUGUGGCCACUUUCCGUGGCUCGGAGUACUUCUGCUACGAUCUUUCCCAGAACCCCAUCCAGAGCAGCAGCGACGAGAUUACGCUCUCCUUCAAGACGUGGCAGCGCAACGGCCUUAUCCUUCAUACCGGCAAGUCAGCUGACUACGUCAACCUGGCACUGAAGGACGGCGCUGUCUCCCUCGUUAUCAACCUGGGCUCCGGAGCCUUUGAGGCCAUUGUGGAGCCAGUCAAUGGGAAGUUUAACGACAACUCGUGGCAUGAUGUCAAAGUGACCCGCAACCUCCGGCAGGUGACAAUAUCCGUGGAUGGGAUUCUGACCACUACGGGUUACACCCAGGAAGACUACACCAUGUUGGGCUCUGAUGACUUCUUCUAUGUGGGUGGCAGUCCCAGCACCGCUGACCUGCCUGGAUCUCCAGUCAGCAACAACUUCAUGGGCUGUCUCAAGGAGGUGGUGUAUAAGAACAAUGACAUCCGUCUUGAGUUGUCCCGGUUGGCUCGCAUUGUGGACCCUAAGAUGAAAAUCCAGGGUGAAGUGGCCUACAAGUGUGAAAAUGUAGCCACUCUGGACCCCAUUUCUUUCGAGACUCCCGAGGCCUACAUCAGCCUCCCAAAGUGGAACACCAAGCGGAUGGGAUCCAUCUCUUUCGAUUUCCGCACAACUGAGCCCAACGGCCUAAUCCUCUUCACCCAUGGCAAACCUCAGGAGCGCAAAGACACUGCCCGCAGCCAGAAGAACACCAAGGUGGACUUCUUUGCAGUGGAGCUGCUGGAUGGCAGCUUGUACCUUCUGUUGGACAUGGGCUCAGGGACUAUCAAGGUGAAGGCCACGCAGACAAAGGUCAAUGAUGGUGCCUGGUUUCACGUGGACAUCCAGAGAGAUGGACGCUCAGGGACCAUCUCCGUAAACAGCAGAAGGACCCCGUUCACAGCCAGUGGUGAGAGCGAGAUUCUGGACUUAGAGGGCGACAUGUACUUAGGGGGACUUCCCAAUGACCGCACCAACCUCAUCCUGCCCACCGAGCUCUGGACGGCGAUGCUCAACUAUGGAUAUGUGGGCUGUAUCCGUGACCUUUUCAUUGACGGUCGAAGCAAAGACAUCCGUCAGAUUGCUGAGGCACAAAAUGGCGCUGGCAUCAAACCCUCUUGCAACAAGCAACCAGGCAAGCAGUGUGAGAGCUACCCGUGCAAGAACCGAGGUGUCUGCAAAGAAGGCUGGAAUCGAUUCAUCUGCGACUGCACUGGCACUGGCUUCUGGUCACGCACCUGUGAAAGAGAGGCGUCCAUCCUCUCCUAUGAUGGCAGCAUGUAUAUGAAGGUGGUGAUGCCAACCAUCAUGCACACUGAAGCUGAGGAUGUCUCCCUGCGUUUUCGCUCGCAGCGGGCCUAUGGCCUCCUCAUGGCCACCACCUCCCGAGACUCAGCCGACACACUCAGGCUGGAGUUGGAUGGGGGUCGCGUCAAACUCACGGUCAACCUAGACUGUAUCAGGAUAAUCUGUAACUCCAGCAAGGGACCGGAGACCCUGUAUGCCGGGCAAAAGCUUAAUGAUAAUGAAUGGCAUACAGUGCGAGUGGUGCGUCGCGGCAAAACCUACAAGCUAACUGUUGACGAUGAUGUAGCAGAAGGCCAAAUGGUGGGCGACCACACUCGCCUGGAGUUCCACAACAUCGAAACAGGCACCAUGACAGAGCGUCGAUUUGUUUCCAGCAUCCCGUCCAGCUUCAUUGGUCAUCUGCAGAGCCUUAGAUUUAACGGCAUGCUCUACAUCGACCUGUGCAAGAAUGGUGACAUUGAUUAUUGCGAGCUCAAUGCCCGCUUUGGGAUUCGUUCUAUUAUUGCCGACCCUGUCACCUUUAAAUCCAAGAGCAGCUAUCUGAGCCUGGCCACCCUACAGGCCUACACAUCCAUGCACCUCUUCUUCCAGUUCAAGACCACCUCCCCAGACGGCUUCAUAAUCUUCAACUCUGGAGAUGGCAAUGAUUUUAUCGCUGUAGAACUUGUUAAAGGAUACAUCCACUAUGUUUUCGACCUGGGAAAUGGGCCCAACCUCAUCAAGGGCAAAAGUGACAGGGCAUUGAAUGACAACCAGUGGCACAAUGUGGCCAUCACCCGGGACAACAGCAACACCCACACACUGAAGGUAGAUGCUACAGCCACCAGUCAGAGUAUCAACGGGGCCAAGAACCUGGACCUGAAAGGUGAUCUGUUCAUCGCAGGACUUGGUCCAGGGAUGUAUGGCAGCCUGCCUAAACUGGUGGCUUCCAGAGAGGGCUACCAGGGCUGUUUGGCAUCGGUAGACCUCAACGGUCGCCUGCCAGAUCUCCUCAAUGACGCUUUGUUUCGCAGCGGGCAGAUUGAGCGUGGAUGUGAAGGUCCCAGCACCACCUGUCAGGAGGACUCCUGUGCCAACAUGGGGAUUUGUAUCCAGCAGUGGGAGAACUACACCUGUGACUGCUCCAUGACCUCGUACACUGGUACACAGUGCAAUGACCCUGGGACAACGUACAUCUUUGGCAAAGGAGGAGGCCUUAUUACAUUCAAGUGGCCAGCCAAUGAGAGACCGAGCACCAGGACGGACAGGCUGACUGUCGGCUUCAGCACCUCCCUGAAAGAUGGCAUCCUGGUCAGGAUUGACAGUGCACCAGGUCUGGGGGACUAUCUUAUGCUGCACAUAGAACAAGGCAAAAUUGGAGUGACAUUUAACAUUGGCACAGUGGAUAUCAGUGUGCAGGAGAGCAGUACCCCAGUGAAUGAUGGGAAGUAUCAUGUUGUUCGCUUCACAAGGAAUGGUGGCAAUGCUACACUGCAGGUGGAUAACUGGGCGAUCAAUGAACACUUUCCAACAGGGAACAGUGACAUUGAACGCUAUCAAAUGGCCAAUAAGAAAAUUCCUUUCAAAUACGCCAGACCAGUAGAAGAGUGGCUACAAGAGAAAGGACGGCAGCUAACCAUUUUCAACACUCAAGCAACAGUCGGAAUUGGCGGUAGUGAUUAUGGCAGGCCCUUUCAGGGUCAACUGUCUGGCCUUUAUUACAAUGGCCUCAAAGUGUUGAACAUGGCUGCUGAGGGCAACCCCAACAUCAAGAUUAAUGGAAGUGUGAGGUUGGUAGGUGAUGUUCCCAGUGUGGCAGGCUCAGCCCGGACCACGGCCAUGUCUCCAGAAAUGUCCACUACCUUCAUUGAGACUACAACCAUGAUGUCUACCACUACCACACGGAAACACAGAUCCUCCUCAACUGUACAGCAUACGGCAGAUGAAAUUGUGUCAUCUGCAGAGUGUUCGAGUGAUGACGAAGACCUGGAGGAGUGUGAAACUAUCCAUGCAGGUGGGCUAGGAGCUGAGUUAGUCAUCCCAGUACUUCAGGAUCCAUUAGCGCACCUCGUAGCUACUUGUGCACCCUUCAUUCCCACUCCCUCAACCCACCACCCACUCCUGACCAUUAUUGAGACCACCAAAGAGUCCCUGUCCAAGGCCACUGAGGCGGGGGUACCUUGCUUGUCGGACCGAGGCAGCGAUGAUUGUGAUGAUGAUGGCUUGGUGAUAUCGGGGUCUGGCUCUGGGGAAGCGUUCAAGUCUAACCUGCCCCCUACUGGUGAUGAAGAUUUUUACACGACCUUCUCCUUGGUAACAGCUAAGACCUUAUCCACGUCAGGCUUUGAAGGUGGCUACGAGACUUUUAGACCUAACAAACCUUCAAUCUCCAGACGCAGUAGGACUACCACUACCGCCAUACUAACCGCCGACCAGAGCCCCACCACCGCCACCUCUGCCUCCACCGCAACCCUCCACAAUGCUCCGGCCAAACAGCCGGCUGGCAUAAUGAAUAACCGCGAGCUAAAACCCCAGCCCGACCUAGUGUUGCUUCCAUUGCCCACAACUUUUGAGGUAGACAGCAGCAAGCUGAGGGGCCCAUUAAUAACCUCCCCAAUGUUCCGUAAUAUACCCACAGCACUCCCCACAGAGCCGGGCGUCAGGCGAGUUCCAGGGCCCUCGGAAGUGGUCCGUGAAUCUAGCAGCACCACCGGGAUGGUCAUCGGAAUAGUGGCGGCCGCUGCCCUGUGCAUCCUCAUCCUUCUGUAUGCCAUGUAUAAGUACAGGAACAGGGAUGAAGGCUCCUACCAGGUGGACGAAAGCAGGAACUACAUAACCAACUCAGCUGUGCAAAGCAACGGCGCUGUCAUUAAGGACAAACAGCAGAGUUCGAAAGGCAGCAACAAGAAGCAGAAAAAUAAGGAUAAGGAGUAUUAUGUGUGACUGUGAGACUUUCGUGAACACGAGAGAGUGAAGAAAGAAAGCACUAAGAGAACAUUGACUUAUCAGUUUCCUUGCAAGGAGCUAUGACAAAUGAUGGUAUAACAUGGAACUUGAAUAAUCUUAUACUGUGCUGAGUAGUUGAACUGAUGAUAUGUACUGUAAUAUAAAGCACACUUACUAUUGUAAGCAUAACAACAAGGCUAAAUAGCAACUUUAGAGACCUUACUCUUCUAUCUGGUCAGAGACGUUAUCAGUAUAGAAAUAUUUCACAGCUACAUCAUUCUCCCAAGUGACUUUUAGAGCUAUGUGAUCCUUAGCAUUAAACAAAAACUUUUUUGUAAAAUUGUUAAUUACAAAAGGCUCAUAAUCUUAUACAUUUUCAGCAUGUAAGCAACAUGUAGUGCUUAACAAGAGGGUCAGGCACACCAUCAUUGUAGAAGUAAAAAAGGACUCUUGCUGUAUCAGAGUAUGACACAUUUUUAUGUUUUAUACAUAAUACAAGUGUGGUGUCUAACUUAUAUUUGCUUUAAGCAAAAGGGAAAAAAUGACAAAAAGAACAGUAAGAAAAGAAAACUAUUUCUGUGUAUAAAAUGAUUCCAAGUAAGGAACUUGCCAGGGGCAAGAUCUCCUAAAAUCUGUUUGCUCUGGCAUCCGAUUCACCACAACUAUUUUCAUUGUUUGACAGAAAGAGUGACCCACUUUGUGGGAAGAAGUGGCCACUCUCUAGGUAAAAAGCAACUGAUUGUAAAAUGCAUGCCAUCCUAAUUCUACAGUAAAGUUCAGUACAGUAAAAGUCAAGUAUACAGUGUUCAACUUGGACCAUGUUCUCUUAAUUAAUGCCAAACAGUUGUUCAUAUCAGAUCAGAACUCCUCUCAAAAAUGUUAACCAUGAAAAAAACAGUCUUUUAAAAAAAAAAAAAAAAAAAAAGGUCUGUUAUUGAUGCACAGCUAGUGGUGGUUUUAUCUUUUUGCAAAACUGUUUGUUGGUUCAUUGCCUGUUGUUCUCUUUUUCUAUGGAGGUGUCAGGAGGAAGACAAAUGCAGUACUACAACACUGUUAACAAAUGUGUAUAAAGAAAUAAAUCAAAUGUUGAAAGUGUGAAUUCUAUCUGCUGUCACAGUCAACUGUGUCAAGAAACAAGAAAUUUGUUUACAUAUUUUAUUACAUGCUAGCUGUUGUACUUUGUAGGUAGGAAAUUGUACAUAUACCAUGACAGUUGUAAUUUUUAGUACCUCUAUUGUACAGACUGAACAUAUGGUUUAUCAGCGUAUUUCAUGACAGAAUCUGUUAACUGUUAAUUUACAUGGAGAAAAACUUUAAUGGGAAUGUGGAGAAUUAUAUUAAUAUUUCAUAAAGAAUAAAAUGUAUUGUUAGCCUAGAGAUCUAACCAGAGAUGUUUCUAAAGUUGCAUGAAUAUUUAACUACUUGCAGUUGUCCAACAAAUACAAGGUGCCCUUCCUUCUGUAUCAUGGCUUUCUUGUUCUGGGUUACACUAGUGAUAUUUCUUUUUGAAAGAAUAAAGUCAAAGUUAUGACAAA